AUGGAGGAGAUGAAUAAUUCGACACCGCAAGCAGUGGCAAACGAUUGCCUCAAAUUUGAAGUUAAUGGAGAAACGUUUGAGGUAACCGAGGCUGAUCCCUCCACUACUUUGCUCGAGUUCUUGCGCUCGGAAACUCGUUUCAAGAGCCCCAAGCUUGGUUGUGGUGAAGGUGGAUGUGGGGCUUGUGUCGUACUCCUGUCCAGCUACAACCCAACACUCAAAAACGUCGAGAGUUUCACUGUGAGUUCAUGCCUCACGCUCCUUUGCAGUGUAAAUAACUGUUCUAUUACCACUAGCGAAGGCCUCGGGAACACUAAAGAUGGAUUUCAUCCUAUCCACCAAAGAUUUUCCGGAUUUCAUGCUUCCCAGUGUGGCUUUUGCACUCCAGGGAUGUGCAUGUCCCUUUUUUCAGCACUAGCAAAUGCCGAAAAAUCCCAUAGUUCGCAAAUCCCUCUUGGUUUCUCUAAGUUAACGGUUAAUGAGGCCGAGAAGGCUAUAAUGGGAAAUGUAUGCCGGUGCACGGGCUAUCGGCCGAUUUUCGAUGCUUGUAAGAGUUUUGCUUUGAAUGUCGAUUUGGAGGAUCUUGGGAUUAAUUCCUUCUGGAGAAAGGGUGAGACGAAACGGGCCUGCCUGAAUAACUUGCCAUCUUAUAAUCCGACAGAUCAUGUUUAUCCAUAUACCAAAGAAAUGAAGCCGACGCGGGUAUUAAAUUCAAGAAAAUUAUCUUGGUAUACUCCAGUUACUCUUGAGGAGCUCCAGAGCUUGCUUAAACUGGGUACGGUGGACAAUGAUGGGAAAAUCAAACUAGUUGUUGGCAACACGGCCGCUGGCUAUUAUAAAGAGACUGAGAAAUUUGAAAAAUAUGUUGAUCUUAGGUAUGUGCCUGAGCUUUCGAUAGUGAAAAGGGAUGAAUUAGGGAUUGAAUUUGGAGCAGCAUUACCGAUUUCCAAAGUUAUUUCACAUUUGAAGGAAGAAAGUAAAAGUAACGUGUGGGCAAGACUAGCUGAACAUAUGGAGAAAGUUGCUUCAGGCUUUGUGAGAAACUCAGGCAGUCUUGGGGGCAAUUUGGUAAUUGCGCAGCGGAAAUAUUUUCCUUCAGAUAUUGCCACAUUGCUUCUUGGCGUGGGUUCGAGUGUUAGUGUACUGACAAAUCAUAAGCAUGAGAAAGUUCCCUUUGAGGAGUUUCUGUACAGACCACCGCUCGACUCUAAGGACGUGCUUCUAAGUAUUCACAUACCGUUUCUAGAACCAGUCAAUAAAUCUGCUAAAAAUAAUAAUUCGAAACUGUAUUUUGAAACUUACCGUGCCGCACCAAGGCCGCUUGGAAAUGUGUUGCCAUACUUAAAUGCUGCAUUAUUGGCUGAUACUUUCCGAGACAAGAAGGGAAUUUUGGUGAACCGUGUUCGGCUAGCUUUUGGUGCUUACGGGACCAAACAUGCGUCAAGGGCAAAAAAGGUAGAAGAAUAUUUGGAGGGGCGAAUACUCAGUGUUGGAGUUAUUAAUGAAGCGGUUAAAUUAGUUAAAGAUGCCAUUGUGUGUGAAGAUGGAACAUCGUAUCCAGCAUACCGGACAAGCUUAGCUGUUGGCUAUUUAUUUUCUUUUCUUGCUACUAUAAUCAAUGGGAUUGACUCAUCUGAGGACUUGAAUGAUCCACUUCUUAAUGAAGUGGGUAAAAGCAUCAAUGAUAAUGAUACAAGUUCGGCAGAAAAUGGGCCACUGAUUUCAUCUGCAAAGCAGUUUGUGGAGUAUAGUAAAGAAUAUUUUCCAGUUGGCGAGCCAAUGCCUAAAGUCGGUGCUGCUAUUCAAGCUUCUGGUGAAGCUGUAUUUGUUGAUGACAUUCCUUCACCUCCAAACUGUCUGCAUGGAGCACUUAUUGUUAGCACGAAGCCUUUAGCUCGAGUGAAGGGUAUUUCUUUUGAGUCCAAUCCACAGCCAUCCAGCAGAAACUAUGUUAUAACUGUUAAAGAUAUCCCAAAAGGAGGAGAAAAUAUAGGGGCCACGGCAUUUUUUGGAUCAGAACCUUUAUUUGCUGGUGAUGUAGCUCAAUUUGCUGGCGAUGUCCUUGCAUUUGUGGUUGCAGACUCGCAAAAGCAUGCAAAUAUUGCUGCAAGAACGGCUCGUGUGGAUUAUGAUAUGGAUGGCUUAGAUUCGCCAAUUUUAACUGUUGAGCAGGCUGUUGAGAAGUCAAGUUUCUUUGAUCUGCCUCCGAAUUUUCGUCCCAGAAAAGUUGGGGAUUUCUCGAAAGGAAUGGCUGAAGCUGAUCACAAGAUUCUAUCUCAAGAGAUAAGGCUCGGUUCACAAUACUAUUUCUAUUUGGAGACUCAAAGUGCACUUGCAAUACCAGAUGAAGACAACUGUAUGAUAGUUUAUAGUUCAAUCCAAUGUCCCGAGUAUGCCCAGAUAGCAAUUGCGAGAUGUCUUGGUCUUCCCGAGAAUAACGUACGCGUAAUUACAAGAAGACUUGGUGGAAGCUUUGGUGGGAAGGGACUAAGAGCAAUGACUGUCGCCACAUCAUGCGCGAUCGCAGCCCACAAGCUCCGGCGCCCAGUCCGGAACUAUCUUGACCGGAAGACCGACAUGAUCAUCGCUGGUGGCCGUCACCCCAUGAAAAUUACAUACACCGUCGGAUUCAAAUCCAACGGCAAGAUCACGGCCCUGCAUCUCGACAUCCUCCUGAACGCCGGCAUAACCAUCGACGUCAGCCCCUUCAUGGGCUCCACCAUGAACGGGGCUUUGAAAAAGUACAACUGGGGCUCCUUCUCCUUUGACAUCAAGCUGUGCAAGACGAACCACUGUAGCAAGUCGGCCAUGCGGGCCCCAGGGGAGGUACAGGCAUGCUACAUAGCAGAGGCAGUACUCGACCGCGUGGCGGCCGAGUUGUCGAUGGACGUGGAUGAGGUCAAGAACGUCAAUUUCCACACGUACGAGAGCUUAAAACAUUUUUACCCUCACUCGGCCAGGGACCCGUUGGAGUACACGCUGCCUUUCAUCUGGGAGAAGGUGACGAAGUCAUCCGGCUUCGAGGUAAGAAGAGUCGCGGUAAAAGAUUUUAACCGCCGUAAUAUAUGGCGCAAAAGGGGUAUUUCUCGUGUGCCGAUCGUGCACGAGGUGGCGGUGACUCCGUGUCCCGGGAAGGUGAGUGUGCUUUGGGACGGGUCGGUGGUUGUUGAGGUUGGGGGUAUCGAGAUGGGGCAGGGUCUCUGGACGAAGGUAAAGCAGGCGUGCGCGUUUGCUUUGAGUGAAAUCGGGUGUGGUGGGGUUGAGAAUCUGGUGGAUAGGGUGCGGGUGGUGCAGGCGGACACUUUGAGUAUGGUGCAAGGAGGGUUCACGUCCGGGAGCACGACUUCCGAGGCGAGUUGUGCGGCAGUUAGAGAGUGUUGUGGGAUUUUGGUUGAGAGGUUAAUGCCACUUAAGAAGAAGUUGGAUCACGGAACGGGUCCGGUUAUAUGGGAGGAUCUGAUUCUUCAGGCACAUCAGAAUUCUAUUAACUUGGCUGCUCAGUCUUACUUUGUGGCCGAUUCCGAUGCUAUAGAUUACUUGAACUAUGGUGUUGCAGUAAGUGAGGUUGAGGUUAAUCUUCUUACAGGAGAAACAACAAUAUUGAGAACUGAUCUGAUUUAUGAUUGCGGCCAGAGCAUGAAUCCAGCUGUAGAUUUGGGACAGAUUGAAGGUGCUUUUGUGCAAGGCCUCGGAUUUUUUAUGCUAGAAGAGUAUUUGGCAAAUGAUGACGGGUUGAUGAUUACAGACAGCACGUGGACAUACAGGGUCCCGACUCUCGACAACAUACCUAAACAAUUUAAUGUAGAGGUGCUCAACAGCGGACACCACCAAAAACGUGUUCUCUCGUCCAAAGCUUCUGGCGAACCCCCAUUGCUUCUGGCUGUAUCAGUCCAUUGUGCAACACGAGCAGCCAUUGUUGAAGCUCGAAAACAACUCAAAACUUGGGGAGAAAUCCAAGGGACCGACUUGGCUUUUCGACUUGAUGUACCCGCCACUUUACCUGUGGUUAAGCAAUUUUGCGGCUUAACAUCUGUAGAGACCUACUUAGGACACUUGCUCCAGCGUUCAUAA